AUGGCUGGAAAACCAAAUGUUCUCAUCAUUGGCGCUGUUAAGACGCAUUACUGGCUUGUCUUUGGCACAUGGCUUGACCAAAGACGUCCGCGCGAUUGGGGUGUUACAGCACACUGGGCGAUCAAGUUUCUUGAUCUCUAUCCUGAUGGAAUGGAGACCCGCUUGCAGGACGCGCAAGUGAUAGCCAACAAGGAUCCCAAACAGCAGGAGCAUGUGUUAUUUCACGAUGGCCAGACCGGAGAGAGUAUCAAGACGAUUCCUUUGGGCCCCGCCCGACGGUAUAGCCAGCGAAAAAUCAGACAGGCUCUUGUGAAUGGUUUGGAGGAGGUGAUACAGUAUCACAAAGCUCUGCAGGAGAUUCGUGUUUUGUCAGACGGAGUAGAGGUGUCGUUCGCGGAUGGCACCUCCGCAAGCGGAUCAAUUGUCGUGGCAUGUGAUGGAAGUCAAUCCGACACCAGACAACAUCUCUUCGAAGAAAAAGAGGACGCGCUAUGGAAACCCAUUCCAGGGUUUGUUUUGAAUAACUUCUGGAUGCAAUAUACCAGAGAACAGGCUCUGGAGGUGAAGUCGCAACUGAGUCAUUUCAUGGAUAUUGCUGUCCAUCCCAACGGCACCUACUAUGGCCUUAUCCCUCUCGACAUAUCGGAUAUGGACAAGCCGGAGACAUGGAAGUUCCAAAUCUUCAUGGCCUUUGCGUCCGAUCUCAAGCCAGAGGAAGACGCCCCGGAGAAGAGAUUUGAGCUCGUGAAAGAGGCAGGCAAAGCAUUUGUCAACCCGUUCAGUCUGGGUAUUGAAUACAUGCCAGAGGGUACUUAUAUCAAUCCUGACAGAUACGGUAUCUGGGAGACCAAACAGUGGGAUCAUAAAGGAGGCAGAGUCAUCUUGGCAGGUGACGCUGCCCACGCAAUGACAGCGCAUCGUGCUCAAGGUUUGAAUCAUGCCCUGCAAGACGUUUUGAACAUUGUUUCUGGCAUGAAAGACGUUCAGAAUGAACGGAUGCGCUUGGAGGAUUUUGUGAAAACCUACGUGGAUGAAGUCGUGGAACGUGGGUCCAAUGAAGUGCGCAUGUCUCGUGCACAGGGCAUGGCAGUGCACAAUUGGGGGAAAAGUAAAGACAUGCCAAUUUUAAAAAUUGGGACUACACCACUGCAUAUGGAACGGUCCGUUGUUCCCUUGCCGUCAUCAUAG